GGCGCUUCGUCUUAAGGCACGAUCCCCACUCGCAUCAUCAGGCUAGGCAGUGACACCUUUCCCUCUCGCCAUCGCAGGGCCAUGUCCCAAGUGAAGCUCACCCUUCGACAGCCUCCGAACGUCGAAUUCGUCCAUGGAUACCCUGGCAUUCCUUCAGGAGGCACAGACAGGCCACAGGCUGCAGUAAAGGGGGCUAUCGAGGUCAGAGUCGGACCUCAAGGGGUCAAAGCAAAAUGGCUCCGUGUGGAGCUGCGCAGAGUCGAGCAGAUUCCAAUGACGGGAGAAAAUACGUUUUUUGAUUAUGUUGGACCAAGUCCGGUCAACGUUUGGACAGCACCAGAGGAGUGGCAGGUACUGAAUUCGUCGGAUUUCCCAUUCGAUAUACGCAUACCAGAGUCCAUUCCGCCGACACUCACUCUGGAGGGGCGUGUGGGGAUCAAGUAUGAACUCAUUGCCAGCGUGUGUACGAAAGGUAAACGUGGCUUCUUGCGGAAAAGAAAGUCAAAUGUCGCAUCGACUCAAACCGAAAUCAUAAUUGACAAGCACGAUCUGCACUCUACAUGGCCAGUCUACUGCCAGACCGACGUCCGACGUGUUGAGCUCGAUGGUGUCUCUUUGACUGUUGAGCGUCAUCAGACAUGCUAUGGCCCUGGCGAUCGUGUUGCAGUAUUCGCCACGGUCAGGUCUGAUAACCUUCAGACUGUGAUCCUUCGAGGCUUCGAGCUUUCGAUUCGUGAGUCGAGAACGUUUCGCGCGGGAGCAUUCACCGGGGGCCGAAAAACUACGCCAACAACGCGAGUUGGCAACAUCUUCGAAAACAAGUUUGCCAUCAAUACGACUCUUAUGGGAGGCAUGCAGCACAAAGCAGAACUCUCAUCUACUAUUUCUCCGAGUCAUACUACCACGACACUUAAUUCGGCUAGGCAUAUUGAUAUCAAUUAUGUUUUGUGCGUCAAGGCCAUCAUGGGCACGGGACACCCUCUAGUGAUGGAUCUUCCCGUCAUCAUGUCUAACUGGCCUAGGAGUGUUUCGCAGGAAGCCAUACGGCGUAUCGGACCAGCUCCUGGUCUGUCCCUCUUGACGCCGCACUCUGUUAUUACGUCUGUAGAACCAUCUCCCGCGACACGCCAUCAACCUACUCAGUCACAGAGCUACGGCGGUCGACCUUCUCAACCAGACACAGGAGCUAUCAAAUCACCCGUAGCAAGCACUUUUUCUUCGUCGGCCCAGCCUCGAACGAAUGGAUACGUGAAUGUGAAGACGGACGAAUUUGGCUAUGGUGCUGGCUACGGGCACAAAACCACAUUUUCAAAGUCCAAUAGUACUGAAGAUGACCGAAAGGAAAGGGAAAAGGAAACAGGCUCACGACGGCCUGGGUCCUCGGGUACAGUCACUAGUACAAGAUUGACUAUCACCAAUGCUUCACCUUCGGAGAUACCGGAUGCUCCCCGUGCCAAUGGCCGGAAACGUUCUGGUAGUGGGCGUGCCUGGCCUACUGCCGAGGACGAGAAACAGCUGUAUCAUCGUGCCAAAGCUAGAGUUGAACAGGUACAAGGUGUCGUGGCUAGAACGCCUUCACCGACGCCGACUACUUCACGUCACAGUCCACCGCCCAUUGCUCAGCCUCAACCGCGAUCACCGGCAAAUAAUAAUCCAUGGCCCACUGCAGAAGAAGAGAAGUUCCUCGCCGCCCAGGCUGCUGUACAAAGAACACAAGGUAUCGAAUUCGCCUCUCCAACCAGCGAUAUCGCUCGUCCUACCCGAAACCCAUCCAUAUCGAAAUCGCUAAUGAACGGUGCCGGUUCAGCUACAAGCUCGCGCGAAAAGAAGACCACUUCCGGCGGCAGAAUCCUUCAAUACCCGUCCGCGGCUGAUGAGAAGGCAGCGCUGAAGCGAUACAAUGAAGCCAAAGAGGCUGUGGACCGUACCCAAAAUGUUGGCCUAGUCAACGGUGUUGGGCCAGGGCCGGUUGCGUACGACUCUCUCUAUCCCUCUUCGUCAAGACUUUCUCCUCCUACACAUGAUGAGCCGCCCCCGUUUGAGGCGGCUGCAGGCUCGUCUUCACCAGGGUUCGAGUCGGCCUUGCAAGAAAAGGCUCGUAUGCGUCGGGCGAUGGAAGCAUCUCAACCGCACAGCCCGCCCCCGCCCUCGAUAGACGAAGCACCAGCGUAUGGAUCUCCGCCUCCCUUCGCAUCGGGUGCGACCUCAGCAGCAGCAGCUCUAUACGCUUCAGGCCUCUCCGAGAAAGAACUCCUGCGCCGGAGAUUCGAGGCUCAGGAUGCCAUGGCCAUAGCCAUGGCUAGUGGGAGCGGGAGCGGGAGUAGUCUUCCUCCCCCUGCCACAUUACCCCGCUCGAUAUCAACAGGUGCGCCGCAUUCCCCACGGCCGACUCCUGCGCCUCCAACUUCGAGUUCGAGGAUCAUGACCGCCGCGGAGGAAAAGGCGAUGUUGAAAGCCAAGUACGCGAUGGAAGACCAGGCCGCCAGUCCGAGUAAUAUCGCGUCGGGUUCUUCUUCUUCUUCGUCUGCUCCUGCUCCUCCUGCUCCUCCUCCGCUGAUGCCCCGGCCUCCGGCGGAGUACAUCCAGGAAACUCAGGAAGAGGACGCACGUGUGUCUAGGAUGGUCCGCGAGGAUGCGUCGCUGGCCCUGGAUGAUGGUGGUGAUGGUGACGACACCCUUCCGCUGCCUAAUGGGAACAGCCUAGGGAGUGCAGUCGAACCUCGUAUGAAGCCUUUCGCGCCGUCCUCCAAUGGCGCCGCUCCACCGCCUUUGCCUCCCAAGCCGCUUUCUCCCCCGCCAUCAUGACUUGAAAACCGUAUGCAAUACCUACUACUCCUUAUUUAAGUUUUCCUCCCGUAAAUCUCCCUACGCCUACAUAUUGUUUGUCUCUACAACUGUUCUUGCGUAUACCACAUUCUCUUUCGUCUCCACGGGCCGU